UGAGAUCUGCGACUUGCCCCGGAAGACCCGCCCCCUGUGCCGUGGAGGCCAAUAGGCAAGGGCAACGGUUGCGACGGUUGGGUUUUGAAGGAGCCAAUGAGUGCUCGGAGCGGAGAGUUUAAGAAGCGUAAAUCCGCACUGCUAAGGCCGGUCUGGGAUCUGAGACUGCUUUGAGCUGACAGUGAGAGGCGGCUGGGCCGAGCGAACCGGGCGGGCAGCCCUCCUCCUCCAGACACUCCCAUGGCCCAGUUCGUGUUCGAGAGUGACCUGCACUCGCUGCUGCAGCUGGAUACACCCAUCCCCAAUGCACCCCCUGCUCGCUGGCAGCGCAAGGCGAAGGAAGCCGCGGGGCCGGCCCCCUCGCCUAUGCGGGCAGCCAACCGAUCCCACAGCGCCGGCAGGACCCCGGGCCGAACUCCCGGCAAAUCCGGCUCCAAGAUUCAGACCACUCCCAGCAAACCUGGCGGUGACCGCUAUAUCCCCCAUCGCAGUGCUUCCCAGAUGGAGGUCGCUAGCUUCCUCCUGAGCAAGGAGAACCAGCCCGAAGACAGUCAGACGCCCACCAAGAAGGAACAUCAGAAAGCAUGGGCUUUGAACCUGAACGGUUUUGAUGUGGAGGAAGCCAAGAUACUUCGGCUCAGUGGAAAACCACAAAAUGCCCCAGAGGGUUACCAGAACAGACUGAAAGUACUCUAUAGCCAGAAGGCCACGCCCAGCUCCAGCAGGAAGACCUGCCGUUACAUUCCUUCCCUGCCAGACCGGAUCCUGGACGCCCCUGAAAUCCGGAAUGACUACUACCUGAACCUUGUGGAUUGGAGCUCUGGGAAUGUACUGGCUGUGGCUUUGGACAACAGUGUGUACUUGUGGAGUGCUAGCUCUGGUGACAUCCUGCAGCUGCUGCAAUUGGAGCAGCCUGGGGACUAUAUAUCUUCUGUGGCCUGGAUCAAAGAGGGCAACUACCUGGCUGUGGGCACCAGCAGUGCUGAGGUGCAGCUAUGGGAUGUGCAACAGCAGAAACGGCUUCGAAACAUGACCAGUCAUUCUGCCCGAGUGGGCUCCCUCUGUUGGAAUAGCUAUAUUCUGUCCAGUGGCUCACGCUCUGGCCACAUCCACCACCAUGAUGUUCGGGUAGCAGAACACCAUGUGGCCACAUUGAGUGGCCACAGCCAGGAAGUGUGUGGGCUGCGCUGGGCCCCAGAUGGACGACAUUUAGCCAGUGGCGGCAACGAUAACUUGGUCAACGUGUGGCCUAGUGCUCCUGGAGAAGGUGGCUGGGUUCCUCUGCAGACAUUCACCCAGCAUCAAGGGGCUGUCAAGGCUGUAGCUUGGUGUCCCUGGCAGCCCAAUGUCCUGGCAACUGGAGGGGGCACAAGCGAUCGACACAUUCGUAUCUGGAACGUCUGCUCUGGGGCCUGUCUGAGUGCUGUGGAUGCCCAUUCCCAGGUGUGCUCCAUUCUCUGGUCUCCCCACUACAAGGAGCUCAUCUCAGGCCACGGCUUUGCCCAGAACCAGCUGGUUAUUUGGAAAUACCCAACCAUGGCCAAGGUGGCUGAACUGAAAGGUCACACAGCCCGGGUCCUUAGUCUGACCAUGAGCCCAGAUGGGGCUACAGUGGCAUCAGCAGCAGCAGAUGAGACCCUGCGGCUGUGGCGCUGCUUUGAGUUGGACCCUGCCCGGCGGCGGGAGCGGGAGAAGGCCAGUGCAGCCAAAAGCAGCCUCAUCCACCAAGGCAUCCGUUAAGGACCAACUCAUCUCAGUUUUUUGCGUUUUUUUUUUUUUACUUUUCUAAUAAAGUCACGUCUCCCUCU